AUGGGGGCUGGCGAUGACUCGUCCUUCUUUCUUUAUGGUGUUGGGGAACGGCCCGAGGCCCUAACCUUGGGUUCGCUGGUACUGGAAAAGUACUGGCAGCCAAUGAAUGCGCGCCAUUAUGCACACGAUUUACUCAGCGAUGAUGCUUUGGAAGAACACGCCUACACAACAAAUCUAAACAAUGUGAUUUUCCAUGGGUAUUCCCGCGUCACGCCUUCUGUAAGCGUCGAUGGCGGCGAUAUUGUCAAUCUUGGCCUUGCAUAUAACAAGGAUCUCGAGCGAAUCGUAGUUGCCGAGAAGGGAAUGCGCAUGAUACUCAAAGACCCCGAAAUGUUCCUCACAAAUAGUGUGUUGAAAAGUCCACUCGCACAGCAGAAGCUGAAGUUGUGGCUGUCGGCUGCUUACAGCGCCUAUGUCAUCAACUUUAAAUUUGCGCGGCGGCCGAAGGUCUGGUUGCUGACCGGCCUAUAUCUCCUAGAAGGAGCUCGAACCAUCGUGUCGAAGGGGCAAUCCGCAGAGGUAUCGGCGGGUAUAUCAUCUGGCCUUGUGGGUGCCUUGUCUGGUGUUCCUGUUGGAGGGACUGUCAGUUUGGGUGUGGGUUCAUCUUGGGAAAUGGCUAUGGAGGUUGCCGACCCACAUGUUUGGGCGGCUCAGUUUCGUCUACUUGAUGCUCGGUUUAUCAAGGUGGGUAAAAAAGGCAUUGACGAGGUAAAGCUUCCUGCAUCCAUGGGUCUGUAUCGAGAUGUGAUGUCUGUGAACACCGCUCGAGGAGGAGAGGGCAACUCGGUUGAACUUGGCCUUGAGGAAGAGCAGGAGCAUUCCAAAGACUGUGUUGCAAAUGAUCAGGAAAGCCAAGGUUUGGAGGAAUAUGAGAAGAGGCUUGAGCAGGCAAUCAAAAUGUUUGAGAAGGCCCCAAAGCAUUUCCUACAGUGA